AUGGUCUGGCGUCUGAGCUCCGGGAGCCUCGGUGUGGCCGCCACGGUCUCCCACGGACCCAACCUGCAGUUUGAUCUGGGUCUCGCGUCCACGCCCCUCUCGAUGAACGACCAAGAUCGCGAAAUCAACGUUCCGUGUAUUUCCACAUAUACACCCGCAGGCGCCGAGCUGAAUGAAGACGUGCCUUCCGGUUCUUCGCGAAGCAGCAGCCCCGUCGAGAUUACCAGCGAAGAUGACGAGCAAGCCUCACAGAUAGAACCUUCUUUCCCGAUCAAUGAGUACAAGUCUCCGCUGAAGAGAUGCUUAGUCGAACCAGGGCGGUACAGGGCUUUUCGCACGGGUCUGUACACGUUGUUCGCGAUAACGAAACCGAAGGCGCGACAGAUACCGUUCGACAAAGUCCUCAGAGUCAUCAACAACAACCUUUCAGUCGAGAAGCAGUUCUCUCCUCCACAAGCAAAGCAGGUCCUCCGUGCGCGCGGCCAACUAGCUUUGGAUACAUUUGGUGUGCAGGUUCUGGCCACAGUCGUCGCAAAAGAUAUUUGGCGCACGGUCCAACAUUCCUUCAGUGCAGACGGAGCACUCGCCUUCGAUAACUUUGCGACGCUGAAGUGA